AUGGAGGACAAAUACAUAGGAAUAAUACUCGCCAUGUCUGGCACGCUAGCUAUCGGCACCAGUUUCAUUAUCACCAAAAAGGGAUUGAAUGACGCUGCUGAGCAUGAAGGCGCUUACGCCUCUGCGUCGGAUGGACAUGCGUAUCUCAAGAACCCGAUUUGGUGGGCCGGUAUAUCAACUUUCGCGAACUUUGCUGCAUACUCCUUCGCGCCACCCAUCCUAGUAACACCAUUAGGUGCUCUUAGCGUUAUUAUUGGUGCCAUCCUUGCUUCCUACCUUUUGAAAGAAGAGCUCGGCCAUCUAGGCCGCGUCGGAUGCGCACUUUGUCUCAUCGGUUCUCUUAUCAUCAUUCUGCAUGCCCCCGAGGACAAGGAGAUCAACACUGUCGAUGAAAUUCUUCAAUAUGCAGUCCAGCCAGGCUUUCUAAUGUACUGCUUCACCGUCCUCGUUUUCUCUCUGGUCAUGAUCUACGGUGUGGCACCCCGUUACGGUCGCACGAACCCCCUCGUCUACAUCUCCAUCUGCUCGCUCGUCGGCUCCGUGUCGAUCAUGGCCAUCAAGGGCUUCGGUAUCGCCGUGAAGCUGACGCUGGCGGGUAACAACCAGUUCAUAUACACGAGCACGUACGUGUUCGGCGUCACUGUGGCGGGAUGCAUCAUGGUUCAGAUGAACUACUUCAACAAGGCAUUGGACACCUUCUCGACCAAUGUUGUCAACCCGAUGUACUACGUCUGCUUCUCCACGGCCACUAUCGUCGCCUCCCUCAUCCUCUUCCAAGGUUUCAACACCGACAACCCCUCAAAUACGAUCUCCCUCCUCGCCGGCUUCGCGGUAACUUUCCUCGGCAUCCAUCUGCUCGAACUCUCUCGCAAACCCGAACAAGAUCCACCACACGCCGGCGGCGCCCUCGAAGCGGGACUCAUGAAUCCUCGGCUAUCUCUUCAAGGCCGUGCAUCGCUUGACGGAUGGAACGGUCCUGUACCCACUUCCGCUGGAGGUAUCGGACUGGGACAUACGCGUCGAAGCUCGAGGAAUUCAAACCAGCUGUAUAGACAGCAAACGGCGACGUUGUUCAAUGCCUUUGAGGACGAUGGAGGGGCGGGGCAGGAUGGGGAUGUGGUUGGGUUGAGGAGGCUGUCGGAGGAGAGGAGUGAGUUGGAUCAUGAUGAGGAUGAGAGAGACAGUGAGAGUGAUGAUGACGACGAUGAGCUUGAGGCGGCGGAUGAGAGGACACGGCUGAAGAAGAAAGAAGCGAAGAGGAAUGUGCAUCAGAGGAAUGGAUUGGGCUCCAGGAGUACGAGUGGGAGUUUGAGCAAUGUGCAUAGUCCGAGAGGGCGCGGGUCGCCUGCGCAUGGGUAG